GGCACAUACUGUAAGCAAAGCAAAGCCUAGUCACGCCUCCAAGGCUCCAUUCUGCUCAUGCAUGAACGCCUUGCUGAAUUCCGCCCAUUUGCUGGACUACUAGUAGGUACUAGAACUUGGGGAGAACGUUGAGAAAGGAGCUGGCCCUCCUUUAACUAAUAGCGGCAUCUGUUCGGCCCGCACGGUCUGAUUGGGAAGAUGGAAGGUGCUGCAUACGAAAUGCAGAUGCGAAAGCAGUGGGGCAGCGAAAACAGGCACGAUUGCACGAUGUGAAAUGCAGCAUGGCAGUUGAAGCAGCAGCUAGCGACGGAGAGGAUUGUCAAGCAGCUUUUGUUCCUACUCUGAUUAUAAUCGAAGGAUUUUGAGUGGAGAACUCCGUUCCAGGAGUGUCUUAGCAAUGGAACCCCUUCGUGGUUGAUGAGCAACAGGAUUUUGCCGUGCUGGCCCGUAAUGCUGCCCAUGCUGGCGCUUCCUUCGAAACCUCAGAAUUGUGCAAAUGUGGGUGCCACUAACCCAGAAGCAGUGGUUGGAAAGAUGAUCUGACAAGACUGUUAAGACGGAGCGACCUUUCAGGGCUAUAUGCUGUAGUCAGCAUAUAACCCACAGAAAAUCAGCCAGUCUGUUGCAGCUAGGUUCGGAGGAAAGAUGGCGUCUCUGUUCCACGUCUACUUCCCGGGCAAGAGUUUUGAGCUGGACUCCUCUCGGUUCAUCCAGGUUGACACACAGCGGUGGGUCAUGAACAUGAGCAUGUACGUAGGUGAUGCUUACGAUCAGGUCAAGGAGAUCUUCCUCGGUUUACCAACCGAGCAGUCCCUCCCCAAUCCCGAGCUUGCUCUCGCAGUCUACGUCCAAUCCCCGGGCUCCAAUUGGGAAUACCGGGGAGCCGUCAACUCCCAACGCCCCAGCGCGGUGAUCCCCCUAGUCUGGCCGUCUCCAGGGGGGAGCCCUCAAACUGCGGACGGGACCCCCCUCCCAGCACAAAUUGGGAUUUCGAUCGAAAGCGCGGCGAGUCUACCAACGGCGGUAGUCGGAGCGCAACAAAGGGCGGAAGAGUUCGCGCGGAAAGUCGGGGAAAACUUGUUCCACUUUAUGCAGUCGUUCUCGAGUUCGAACGACGGGAUGCUGCACGUGCCGGUUAGCAUCCUUAACCAGUGGUUUACGAAGUUCCAAGAAAGGUUCAGGGUAGACCCGGAUUUCUUGGACCGGCAACGAGACUGAGGACGCGUGCAGUUACUUGGGAACGUAAAGCUCGUAUAAACAAAGUCAAUUGUAGCCAAACGGUAAGAGUAGAAACUUGGGAGCCGAACGUCUAGGCCAGCUUUGGCAUACAUGACUCAGACAGAAAGCGGCCGCGUGAAAUCUAACCUUGGGCUCUACGGCGCAGCAAGAUUAUCGAUGGAAUAUGCAAUGCUCUAUUGUAAGGGGCAUGCGCGCAUUCCAGAAUCAUGUUCAAUCGAGUACAUAAGUUCUGGAAUUCACGGUUGACUAAGCAGAAGCAUGACGUCCGCAAUUUGAACACUGUUUUUAAGAUUUGAAGUGAAGUCCGGCUGGCGCGGACGGUCCGACCG